AUAUAAAUAAACGCAACCUAAGUAAUCAGCGGUAUAGCAGCAUUAAUGUAUCUAACUGAUCAUGGUGGAGUGGACAGACGCUGAGCGCAAGGCCAUUAAGUCCGUGUGGGGGAAAAUCAAUGUCGAUGUGAUUGGGCCCCAGGUUUUGGCAAGAUGUCUCAUCGUGUACCCUUGGACUCAACGCUACUUUGGCUCCUUUGGGUCCUUGAGUGAUGUUGCAUCCAUUAUGGGUAACAAAAAAGUGGCAGCUCACGGCAAGGUUGUGCUCAAUGGACUCAGGCUAGCGGUCCAGAACAUGGACGAUAUCAAGAACACCUAUGCGCCCCUGAGCGUGUUGCACUCCGAGAAGCUUCACGUGGAUCCGGACAACUUCAGGCUCCUCGGUGACUGCCUGACCAUUGUUGUGGCUUCCCAGCUCGGUCGUGCCUUCACUCCGGACAUUCAAGCAGCGUGGCAGAAGUUUCUGGCAGUCGUAGUCUCUGCACUUGGAAAACAGUACCAUUAAUUGAACAUCUGGUUCACAAAAGCUAAAGAGAAAUCCCCAAACAACUUCGAUCACUGGUGUUCUGUGAUUAUGCUCAAAUAAAACAACUAAAUUUG